AAAAGACUGUCUAAAAAUAACGUCAGUUUAACAAAAGAAGUUCUUCAAGAAUUAAAUCAGCUGAUGGAAUUGAAGCAUCAGAAUGUUUGUGCGUUUGUUGGAGCUUGUUUAGAUCCUGGUCGAAUAAUAGUCAUAUGGGAAUAUUGCCCUAAAGGUAGUUUACAGGAUAUCAUCUGGAAUGCAAAUAUCAAACUAGAUCAGCUGUUUAAAUUUGCAUUGUGUCAAGAUGUUGCAAAGGGUCUGGAAUAUAUCCAUAAAAGUUGUGUUGGUUACCAUGGUAAUUUAAAGAGCUGUAACUGUGUAGUUGACAGUAGAUGGACCUGUAAAUUAACUGAUUUUGGUGUUCCUAGACUCAGGGCCAUGGAAAAGGCUUCUAUACCCAAUGAAGAAGCGAGUGAUAAAAAGCUAUGGACAGCACCAGAAGUUUUAAGAAGUGAAAGAAAUGUUGAUUUUCAGAAGGUUGAUAUCUAUGCGUUAGGUAUUGUUGUUAAAGAGGUGUUCACGAGAUCUGGUCCAUAUUCAGAGUUCGGAUUCUUGAACUCGGCUGAAAUUCUUGACAAAGUUCGAUACUCUACACAUGGAUCAUUAUUCCGGCCGUUUUUAACCCGAGAAAUACGUCAAAAUGGAGAGUUAACGUCCCUGAUUGAAGAUUGUUGGUCAGAAGAUCCUGGUGUUAGGCCGUCUGCUUCACGAGUUUUAAAAACACUACAUAGAGUUAAUCCAUCCAAACAUAAAACUAUGAUAGAUAAUAUGAUAGCUAUGUUAGAGAAAUAUGCCAAUCAUUUAGAAGAAUUGGUAGCAGAAAGAACCAGUGAACUAGAUGUAGAGAAGAAAAAGACUGAAAAUCUUCUAUAUAGAAUGUUACCUCAAUCAGUAGCUGAAGAUUUAAAGUUAGGAAAACCAGUGAAAGCCGAAUUAUUUGAUGAAGUCAGUAUAUAUUUCUCAGAUAUUGUCGGUUUUACUAAAAUCUGUUCUGAAAGUACCCCGAUUGAGGUUGUAAACUUGUUAAACAGUCUGUAUACAUUAUUUGAUGAUAUUAUAACCAAUUAUGAUGUAUAUAAAGUUGAGACAAUAGGAGAUGCCUACAUGUUAGCUAGUGGUCUACCUAAACGUAACGGCGAUAAACAUAUCAAAGAAAUAGCCGAUUGUUCUAUGGACAUCCUGUCUUCUAUAACUACCUUCAGUAUUCCUCAUCAACCCAAUAAAAAAAUUAGAAUCAGAAUUGGUAUACAUACUGGUCCAGUAGUUGCUGGUGUAGUAGGAUUAGCUAUGCCUAGAUAUUGUUUAUUCGGUGAUACAGUUAAUACGGGAUCUAGAAUGGAAUCAACGGGAGUGCCCUUGAAGAUUCAUCUUAGUCCGCUAUCUGCCGAGAAACUGUCAGCGUAUGAGAGUGGGUAUUAUUUACAUUGUCGUGGUGAAAUUCAAGUCAAAGGAAAGGGAGCAAUGACAACGUAUUUCUUGGAAGGUAAACAGGGAUUUGAUAAAGUGUUCCCUUCAGAUGAUGACUUCACAACGUCCCCUAAACCUGAACAGUACAACACAUCCAAAAAUAACAGUGAACCGGUGAAAGAAAAAUCUGGAAAUCAUUACAUUUAUCCACUUAAAAAAAUUAUUAUUGAAGAAAAUAUGAACCCUUUAGAAGAAAUUAAAAUGAAAGCAGUGGGAUUAAAGCGACAUCGGGAAGAUUACAAUAAUCGUGCUAACAUGUGUAUCGACACUUCGUUUUGA